AUGGUGGAAUUGGCGAAAAAAGGAGUGCCGUUGGUUUUAUGGAAAUCUGACGUUCAGAACGCCUAUCGGAUUCUAGCGAUGGCCCUUGCUUGGCAAUUGCGGCAAAUAGUCUGCAUCGAUAACCUGUUUCAUGUAGAUCGUUGCGCAAAUUUCGGGUCAGCUGCUUCUCCCAAGAUAUGGUGCUCUUUCUUCUCCUUGGUUCUUUGGAUUGCAAGAACUCGUUUUGGCAUUUCACGCAUGAACAAUCUCAUGGACGACACUUGGGGCGUCAGUCCGUUGUAUUCUAUGGUAGAUUUUAGAGGACACAAGGUCCCUCUAGACCAAGCAAAACUCUUGCUUCUGUUCGACUUACUGAACAUUCCUUGGGAAUGGAAGAAACAAAUUCAAGGCAUCGAUAUAGAAAUCAUAGGCCAUUUUGUGCGUGCAAAAGAGCUCUCAUUUUCCUUGCCAGACGACAAGAAGGCAGAUCUAGUUCGAGCGUUACGCGAAUUUACCUUAACGAAAAAGAAGACUCUACGUGAAUGGCAGUCUAUUCUAGGGUGGGCUUCCUGGGGUCUCAAUUCUUUCCCAAUGGGACGUUGGGCGCUUCAGUCGUCUUGGGAGAAAAUCAGCGGCAAGGAAUACAAGUCAUUAGUUGUUCCGCACAACAAGACAAUACAGUUAGAUUUCAAAUGGCUGGCUGAUCACUUGGAGCGUUCUCCGGGAAAUUUCUUUCUAUCCGCUUCCAUCUGGUCAAUUCGAGAUGCUGACUUUCUAUGCACCGCCGACGCGUGCCCGGAAGGGUUGGGUAUUUGGCUUCCUAACUCGAUCGAGGGCUUUCAUUUCAAAUUUCCUUUACCGUUGCGCGACAUAUACUGGGCAGAACUAGCUGCCACCUCUCACGCGAUCCUGAUCGGUCUGGCACGGGGUGCAAAGAAGCUUUUCAUUUGUUCCGACUCUUCUAAUGUGUGCGACCUUUUCCUCUCACAUCGUCCGAUCGAGAAAGUUCGACCCCUAUUCUCUGCGAUCAUUACCCUCAUUCUCAGGGCAGAGGCAGACGUGCGGGUUUGCCAUCUGGCAGGUGUCAAAAACGUGUUCGCAGACGCUCUGUCGAGGAACGAGAUCAGCGAUGUUCGCAAACUCAUAAGUAGCGCCGUCGUCUCGCCUCUAGACGCUUUCACCUCACUUCCGGACGGCGGUUUCAAGCCCGCUAGUGCGGACGCUGAUCAAGCUCUCGCGGCCACCACCAAGGCUAAAUAUCGUCAGCGUGUCUCACCAAGAACUGUAGAGGCCUAUCUAUCCGGCAUUGCGUCCGCUUUCAGUCCUACUUUUCCUCGCAUCACCGACUUCACCAACAGCAAAGAAGUCCGAGACGUGAUGAAAGGGUGUAAAAGACAAUUUUCAUCCCCGGUCCUCCGUAAAGAACCUUUAACGCUCCAGGACCUGUCCUUAGUCCACUCCUCCACUCCCCAACAUUUCGAUUCGGUCCUUUUCCUCGCCAUGAUCACCAUUGGCUUCCAUGGUCUCCACCGUCUGGGAGAACUGGCCGUUCCAGAUAACUCUCGUCUCCAGGAUGACCGGAAGGUUAUCAAGCGUACAUCGUUGGUAGUAUCACAAUGCGGUGGUUUCUUCAGAUACACUCUUCCGUACAAUAAGAGCGACCCAUUUUUUCUCGGUUGA